GGGUUAGGGCUAGGAGGGGGUUGGGUAGGGCUGUGGGGGUUGAAGGCCUGGGCUGAGCUUCUUCGCCUCUCUCUCUUUGUAGCUUGCGCUUCUCUUGCUCGUCGGAAGCUGCGCAGGCUUCAACACCAAGAUGGUGCACGUUGCUUCCUUUCGCAAUUAUGGGAAGACUUUCAAGAAGCCCCGCAGGCCCUUCGAAAAGGAGCGUCUUGAUGCUGAGCUGAAGUUGGUUGGAGAGUAUGGACUCCGGAACAAGCGCGAGCUUUGGAGGGUGCAGUAUGCUCUUAGCCGUAUCCGCAACAAUGCCCGUAUGUUGCUUACCUUGGAUGAGAAGAACACUCGUCGUAUCUUCGAGGGUGAGGCCCUUCUGCGUCGGAUGAACCGAUACGGUCUUCUUGAUGAGAACCAGAGCAAGCUUGAUUAUGUGCUGGCUCUCACUGUGGAGAACUUCUUGGAACGACGCCUUCAGACCCUUGUGUUCAAGUCUGGCAUGGCUAAAUCCAUCCAUCACGCUCGUGUUCUUAUCAAGCAACGUCACAUCAGGGUCGGCAAGCAGAUUGUCGAUGUACCAUCGUUCAUGGUUCGUGUUGACAGCCAGAAGCACGUUGACUUCGCCCUGUCGAGUCCUCUUGGUGGUGGACGACCUGGAAGAGUGAAGCGCAAGAACAUGAAGGCUGCAUCCAAGAAGGCGUCCGGUGGAGACGAUGAUGAGGACGAGGAUGACGAGUAGAUCUUGUAUACGCUACUAGUAAAUGGGGUUGUUUUGUGAGUAAUUCUGUUAUCGAUGAACGUCUUAGAGGAACAGUAAAGUACUCCGCCCUGUGGAUACUUCUGCAUUUGACUAUCCAUGUUGCUUCGAAUCUUCUCAACUUAUGGCGUUUCAAUAUGCAUUUUAAGAAUAUGGUUUCGCAGUCAAGACGCAUGUGGAACUGCAAUCUCAUCAUCUUUCGCGUUCCA